GAAUGGGAGGAGUGGAAGGGAGUGGAUGGGGCUGAGUGGAGAGACGAGAUGGGACGUGGAGUGAACGGGAGGAGUGGAAGGGAGUGGAUGGGGCUGAGUGGAGAGACGAGAUGGGACGUGGAGUGAACGGGAGGAGUGGAAGGGAGUGGAGAGACGAGAUGGGACGUGGAGUGAACGGGAGGAGUGGAAGGGAGUGGAUGGGGCUGAGUGGAGAGACGAGAUGGGACGUGGAGUGAACGGGAGGAGUGGAAGGGAGUGGAUGGGGCUGAGUGGAGAGACAAGUGGACGAGUGGUUGAGGCGGUGGAGUUCCUGGAGGACAUCUUGCCCCGAGAACAACAUUGGGUCGUAUUUUAAAACAUUUCGUAGGAGCUCAGUGGAGAGACGAGAUGGGACGUGGAGUGGAAGGGAGUGGAUGGGGCUGAGUGGAGAGACAAGUGGAUGAGUGGUUGAGGCGGUGGAAUUCCUGGAGGGCAUGUGGCGGGCAAGAUGUAGGGUAUGACAUCUUGCCCCGAGAACAUGUUUUUUCUAUCUACAGGAGCUGCCGAUAGAAAGGCCUGGCUGAGGAAAAGUCCCAAGCCACCUGUGACAUCAAGGGCAAGGCUUCAAACCCGCCCCUUCCAGCCUUCCUGUCAGUGUGGCGGCCCAGCACCCACCAGAGGCCGUGACCCGUGACCCGCACAGCACCCGGGGCGAAGGAUGUUUUCCCGUGAGUAUUUCCCUCCACAAGGACGAGAGUGCCCCAGGAUCUCAAGACAUGAAGCAAAUUUGUUCGUUACGGGGAUAUUAAAUGAAGACCUUCCUCUCGCUCGCCCUCCAAGCCUUCCAUGGAUAAAUCGGAUAAUUCAAGCAUUUCACAAGAGGCUGCCUUUUCAGAACAUAACUUUCCUGAGCAAGACGGAGAGUUGCUGCGUUCCGUCAUGGGAGGAAAUACGGACGGACGUACUGAAGGAGGGCAAGGGUGGUCUGUGCCUCUCCCUAAACAUUGCAUUUGCCGCCAUCGUGAGAGCCUUCGGGGUACUGGCCUACACAGUUCCGGCAGAUUAUGUGGCAACAAGUGGAAGAAGUGUACAUGUCCUUACAGUUUUUCAUAAGUGUUCUGCAACUGGAAAUCGUCUGCGUGCUGGAACGAUGCACGAAGCGACAUCUGGGAGGAAGGAUUUGCGUCGAAGUUCCAGAUUGAAGCAAAAACAAUUAUGUGAAUGUGGAGUUCGAUGCUCUCAGACACUUGACUCCUUUCCUAGAAACUCCUUGUAUGUGGCAGAUGUCGGCUGUGGCUUCCCUACAAGAAAGUCCAUAAAUCUGUGUGAGGACCUCGGCAGACCCUUUGUGGACUGUGGUCUUGAAUAUUGCUUCAUGAACAAUGGCCACAAGUUCCUGAGGCUUCAUAGAACUGGCGAUGACGGACCAGAAGGAGAACAGGAGUUUGUGAAUGGAGAAGGCUGGAGGCCCGUCUUCUCCUUUGCCCUCACUCCACAACCCCUGAGCUACUUCUGCAACACUAUGAGGUCGGUAUAUGUUGACAAGGAGGCCUCUCCCUACUUCACCGAGCUGCACGCUGUUCGGUAUCCAGAGCCAUCAUUUCUGGACCCCUCCGAGCUAAUCCACUUCCUGCCUACCACUUGGAGAAGGAGCAAGAAGCCCCCUAUCUUCCUUGGGGGUGGCGGGGCAGUUGCUCAAGAUCCCCAUUGGUGCGGAGAAGAACACUUCGCUCCCUUGUUGCCCCCACAGCUACCCUACCCACCCCAAGCCCCUCCUGGCAUGAUCAAUCACUUUGCUCCAGCCACUAGUGAUGUGAGCUCCCCUUGGGCUCCUCCACCCAGGGUUGUCUCGUACAGAUAACCCUGU